AUGCUUGGAUUGUAUGAGAAGCUGACGUUUGUGGUAGCGGCGGCUCUGGCUGCGUUGGCCGCGGUGAGGACGUCCCCGGUGGUGGGGCCCGAGCCCAUCCGCUGUGCUGCCUGCACGCAGCAGAAGCUCAACGAGUGUCCCGCCAUCCCAGCCGACUGCAAGCAGGUGCUGAGGGAGCCCGGCUGCAGCUGCUGCAUGGCCUGCGCUCUGGAGAAAGGGGCUUCCUGCGGGGUUCACACGGCCCACUGUGGGGAAGGUCUGCGCUGCUCUCCGAGGCCCGGAGAGGCCAGACCGCUCCACGCUCUGACCAGAGGACAGGGGGUGUGCACUGAAGACCUGGGCCAAGAGGAGGCUGAUGGAGUCCCGGACCACGGCUCCCUGCACUACCUCCUGGGUCUUAACCUUCCCUUCGACCACCAAGAUGGCGCCGAGGGCCACGAGAGUAUCAAGGCCAAGGUCAACGCCAUCCGCAACAAACUGGUACAACAGGGUCCCUGUCACAUCGAGCUGCACGGAGCGCUGGAGGUGAUAGCCAACUCUCAGCAGAAACUAGGAGAGAAAUUCACAACUUUCUACCUCCCCAACUGCGAUAAACACGGCUUCUACAAGGCCAAGCAGUGUGAGUCAUCUCUGGUCGGACCGCCCGCCCGCUGCUGGUGUGUCUCUUCUUGGAACGGGAAGAAGCUUCCAGGAUCGAGUGACCUGCUCGGUGACUCAGAGUGUCAUCAGGAAGUCACUCACUGA